AUGGGAAUUUCUUUGUAUUCUCAGUCUUUCUUCUGCUUCAUCUUCAUACUUUCAAUAUUUUGCAUAACUAAUUGUUUUAUUCAAAAUGCUUACAGCCAAUGCCUGGAGGAUCAGAGAAGUUUGUUGUUUGAAUUGAAGAGCGAUCUUAUAUUCAACAGCACUCAAUCACUAAAACUGGUGCUCUGGAAUCAGACUCAAGAUUGUUGCAACUGGGACGGUGUGGAAUGUGAUGGUGUGGGGCAUGUGAUCAAUUUGCAGCUCGAUGGGGAGGGAAUUUCGGGUGGGAUUCAUAACAUGUCAAGUCUUUCCGGCCUUCGGUACCUGGAGAAGCUAAACUUGGCUGGGAAUGACUUUGGAAGUCAGAUUCCAAGUGGGAUUCUCAACCUCAAACAUUUGAUGCAUUUGAAUUUAUCAGAUGCUGGUUUUCGUGGACAGGUUCCAAUUGAAGUUUCACUAAUGAGGAGAUUGGUCACUCUUGAUCUCUCAUAUAAACUCGGUUAUAACAGUCUAGAAAUUGAAGAUCUGAAUUUGAAGAUGCUUCUUCAGAAUCUAACCGGGCUAAGAGAGCUUUAUCUCGAUGGCAUUCAGAUGUCGUCAGCAGUUCUUAAUUUCUUUGCUAACUUCUCACAUCUAACUACCUUGUCUCUCAGUGGAUGUGAUUUAAGAGGCUCAUUCCCUAAUAUGAUCAUCCAAAUACCUACCCUAGAGAAUCUUGAUUUAUCCUACAAUGUGUUCCUCACUGGCUCCAUACCACAAUUUCAUCGAAAUGCAUCUCUUAGGACUAUGUUGCUUCGAUAUACUAACUUCUCAGGCCCAUUACCAAAUUCUAUUGGUAAUCUUAGCAUGUUAUCUGAGAUAGAUACGAACUUCUGCAGCUUCAUUGGACCUAUUCCAUCCAUGAUUUCUACCCUAACUAAGCUAAUUCAUGUGGACUUAUCCUGGAACUUUUUCACCGGUUCAAUCCCACCAUUUUAUAUGUCCAAGAACCUUCAAUCUGUAGACCUUAGUAUUAAUUCACUUAGUGGGAGCAUCCCCAAGUGUCUCUUUAGUCUUCCUUCACUACAAAUACUUUUCCUUUCCUACAACCAGUUAAGUGGUCGAGUUUAUGAAUUUUCAACUUUACAUUUUCCUAACAUACUUGUGCUAGAUUUAAGCAAUAAUAAACUGGAAGGGCAAAUUCCCAAUUCAUUCUUCACACUAGAAAGGCUUGAAAUUCUUGACCUUUCUGGCAACUUCUUCAAUGGCACAGUUCAACUAGGAAAGUUGCAAAGGCUACACAGUCUUAUAUGA